GAGAUAAGUUUUGAUGCCUGAAUUCGCCUAAUGUCCAAUUGUGGCGCAGCAACUAAACAUGAAUUCCUGCAUCAUAAGGCUACGGUGAGAUUCACUUUCGACACCCCUCUCCUUGAGGGGUCUCAAACUAUAAUUAUUAUAACAAUUAUAAUAUAGCAAUCUUCCCUGCGCGAGGUCCUAUCCAUUAUGCUUCUCGUGGAUUUCCCCCCGGAGAUUCUCCACCAGGUCAUCCAGGAGUCGAUGCCCGAGGGGUUUGAGAAGCUUAUGUUGACCUGUCGCUAUGUUUACGAAUGCGGCAAGUCUUUAAUCGAUACUCAUGCUUCUUAUAUUCGAGAAAAUCGAUAUCUCAAUUUCGAAGGCAUUUUGGACUACGUGCCUAUCGUCACUUGGAUUUACACCGUCGCGAAUAACCCGGUUGUGGCAAGAUAUGUCUGGCAUGUCGAUUUUUGCCAGCGGCGGAGGGGGCCGGACGUGGUGUACCCGCGCAAACGCCUUACCGGAAAUGCGCUGGCUAUGGAGCGCUUGAGAGCAUUUAUCACGGAAUCGCCAUACUUGCGCCGUGCCGGGGUAGACGUGGAGGAGUGGGCAAGAUUUCUCCUUUCUAGAGUUGAGGAUCUCGAUACCGAAGGUCGCGAUAAAUAUUUGGUAUUUAUGGGAACAUUUGUACUCACGCUUUUUCCUAACCUCAAAUCCUUGAUGUUAUCACCGCCGCUAAGUUACCGGCACGCUAUGGAAUCACCGGCUACAUCUUCCUGGAAUCACGAGUACUACUCGCAGGCCCGGAGUUUGAUGGAGACGAUCAGUCGGAGGAUCGAGGAGAACCCCGAGGGGGCAUCUCUAGGACAGCUGGCCCACGUGUGGAUUCGGGACCUCGAAAACAACAAUGAGAAGAUGGACCUACGCGCCUUAUUGUCAUUCUUUACUACGCCAGAUCCUAAGUCGUUAUCCCUUACUAACUGUGAGGAUUAUGGUGGCGGACCGCUCACAUUAGGAUAUCACCGUCACUCUCUAGAUAUGAGUUUGGGCUUGCGCAAACUUGUAUUAGAGCACACUUAUGUGGAUAGCGACAGUAUAUCUCUCCUAUUUUCGCGCACGCCCUGCCUAGAAUCGUUCAGGUUUAGCUAUGUGUCCAGGAAUAAUAGCCGACCUUCGCUGGAUCGCUGGGAUGCAGCCGCCUUUAUCGCUGCCAUUGGGAAGAAUGUGGGCCAUCACUUGGAAGAGCUUAUUGUAACGCUGGAGUACCUCGAUGGUCAUGUAAUCAACGGGGUAGCCUCCAUGAAGGAGUUCACAAGUCUCAAAAGGCUUGACCUUGAUGUCCGGGUGUUCCACACCCCCGCGUUCGAGACUGAGGAGAGAGGGGGGUUGUUAAUCCGCGAGGACAUCCUGCGAAAAAUUCCGCCCGAGGCAUUCGAAGCUAUUCCACGCUUGGUUAGGAUCCUACCGCCGUCUUUAGAAGAAGUGAAUCUAUUUGCAGACAACGAUAAGUAUAGGUUCAACCCCGAGAUCGUGAAGAGAUUAUUGGUUGACUUCGCAGUCGACCGGUGGAACUUUCUCCCCAACUUGGAAAUAUUCGGGUUAUGGUGUAAGUUCUCAGGUCCAAAGAGGGCAGACAAAGUCGACCUAUGGCAUUACGCCAGAUCCAAACGCAUCACUUGUAAUUUUAAUUUCAAUGAUGAACCAGCUUGGAAAUCCUUUCUCGCAAGUCGUUGUACUACUCAUCAUUAUCUGUCGCCGUCACCUUAUCCAAUAAUCAACGUUCUUGAAAAUCUAACAGAUUGAUCUUGAAUUGAUGUGAGUUGGACAUCUGAGCAGUCUCAUUUUUACGAACUAUGUAAAAAUAAAAUAUCUAAUUUUUAAAAAUUUAUUAUACUUAUACUUAUAUUAAAUAUAACUUCAGCUUAAAAUUUCAUACCAAACAGGAGGCAACCCCCCGGGCUGCACAAUAGCCCGAGUUUACGUAACAACCCUUACGUAAUCGCCUGGCUAU